GUAAUACCCGUGCCGAUCUCCAGGUAGCGCAACCAUCGGACGAACGUCAACGGUCAACGUUGUUUCCAUCUUCCAUCAUUUAACGUGCAGCUCCCACUUCUUCAGUCUUAUGUGUUUUGUGGUUUGUAUUGAUUUUUGAAGUUUGAAGUCUGGAUUGGUAUUCAACAUUCAAGUUGAUUACACUCAACUUCACAAGUUAUUGGAGAAAAAUGAACAAAGCAAGGAAUUUAUCACCAAUUGUACGACGAAUUAUAUCCACACCAAGUGCCAGGUGUGCUUCUGAUUGGGUACCACAAGAAAAAGAAACACAUACUGGACAGAAAUGGGAUGCUGAUGAUUAUAGAUUAGCCCGGUUUAUAGAUCGACCAAAACACGUAAACCCCAACUUUGCCAUCGACCUGAUUGCAGAAGUGCCACCAAAACCAUGCAAGGAACGAGUUGUCUGGUGUGAUGGGGGAAGUGGUCCAACUGGUCACCCAAAAGUGUACAUAAACUUGAUUUCAGGGAGUAGUGUGCACUGUGUUGUGAGUCGAGGUGUACAAAUAGCUUUAGAUACGAAUGUAUGAAGUGUGCAGAACAGCUUAAUGCAAUAGCGCAAGAGCAUAAACCACAUUUUGGAGCUACCUUCAAAUGCAUGAACAAAAUAUGGUAGCUGGUUUACAUUUAAUUGCCAGAAAACAAAAUCACUGUAGUCCUAUAGUUACAGAUAUAUAUGCAAUGCUUCAAACUUCAACUAAUUAGAUCCUCAUUUGGAAACAAAAAUGUUUUGCUAAGGUAAUAGAGGAUAUAAAUAAUGUGUAAAGAAUAAUGUUUUAUAACCUUUUAUUAAUAAAACUACAAAUAAUUAA